UGCUGGCCAGACACUUCCCCAAACAGGUUCUGCACCCAGCCAGGCUGACUCAGCAGCUGCUCUCCGCUGCCCUUGCAGGUCAGGACAACGGUCUCCCCACGCCCCGCUCCUGCUCGUCUUCUACUGCCCCAUCUGGGCACAGCUCCCUGCACCCCACAGACCCCCCUUUGCCUGGAGCCACAGCCCAGGGCCCUGCUUUGGUCAGAGACCGGACCCCAGUGAAACCAACGUGAUGGUUCAUGGGCAGGGAGGGUUCAAGUUCCAAAACUGGGCUAGGACCUAUGGCUCCUCUCCAGAACUGUACUUCCAGCCAACAUCAGUAGAGGAGAUCAAAGAGGUUUUGGAUCUAGCCAGGCAGCGGAGUAAGAGGGUGAAAGUGGUCGGUGGUGGACAUUCCCCUUCGGACAUCGCCUGCACGGAUGACUUCAUGGUUCAGAUGGGGAAGAUGAACAAGAUCCUCAAGGUGGAUGAGGAGAAGAAGCAAGUGAUGGUGGAAGCGGGAAUCCUCCUGUCUGAUCUAAACGUCGAGCUGAGCAAGUACGGGUUGGCCCUGCCCAACUUAGGGGCCGUUUCGGAAGUGGCGGCCGCUGGGGUUAUUGGAACGGGGACACACAACACGGGCAUCAAACACGGCAUCCUGCCCACCCAGGUGGUGGCGCUAACGUUGCUGACGGCUUCGGGGGAGAUCCUGGAAUGCUCUGAGUCCAUCAACGUCGAAAUCUUCCAGGCCGCUCGGCUGCAUCUCGGCUGCCUGGGCGUGGUCCUGACCAUCACCUUCCAGUGCGUCCCGGAGUUCUACCUGCUGGAGACCACCUUCCCCUCCACCCUCCAGGAGGUGCUCGACAACCUCGACAGCCACCUGCGGCGAUCGGAAUAUUUCCGCUUCCUGUGGUUCCCCCACAGCGAGAACGUCAGCGUCAUCUAUCAGGAUCAUACCAACAAGCCUCCUUCGUCCUCCGCCAACUGGUUUUGGGACUACGCUGCCGGAUACUAUCUGCUGGAGUUUCUGCUCUGGAUCAGCACGUUCCUGCCCGGCCUGGUGUGCUGGAUCAAUCGCUUCUUCUUCUGGCUCCUCUUCAAGGGCAAGGUGGAGCACGUCGACCUCAGCUACAAGAUCUUCAACUACGAGUGCCGCUUCAGACAGCACGUCCAGGACUGGGCUAUCCCCAUUGAGAAGACGAAGGAGGCCCUGCUGGAGCUGAAGGCCGUGCUGGAGAACAACCCCAAAGUGGUGGCACACUACCCAGUGGAGGUGCGCUUUGCUCGGGGGGACGACAUCUUGCUGAGUCCCUGUUUCCAGAGAGACAGCUGCUACAUGAACAUCAUCAUGUACAGGCCCUAUGGGAAGGACGUGCCCCGGCUGGACUAUUGGCUGGCCUACGAGAGCGUCAUGAAGAAGGCUGGGGGGCGACCGCACUGGGCAAAGGCUCACACCUGUACCCGGAAGGACUUUGAGAAGAUGUAUCCCGGCUUCCGGAAGUUCUGCACCAUGCGGGAGGAGCUGGAUCCCACCGGCAUGUUCCUGAACGUGUACCUGGAGAAGGUGUUUUAUUGAGGGAGGACGGGACGCUGGAGAAGAGAAAUGAAGCUCGCCAGCCCAUCUCCCGUGCUCUGUCCUUUAGAGAUGGACAAUGCUCCUUGUGAGACUUGCUCCUUCCAUGAUGUCCCCCAGAUUAGAACCCAACCAUUAUCUCUCUCGGCUUCCAGCAUGUCCCGUCUCCAUCUCUGAGGUUGGAAGCUCUUGAGUCAGGGACUGUCCUCAUUUAGUGUCCUGUACAGCUCCGAACGCAUUGUCAGAGAGAACACAUCAAUAAAGAACCAACAGUGAAUGGAAA